GCUGGUGUGAUGGUGGCUGCUGUGGUUUCUGGGACUGCCCAAGUAUGUGUUCUGAGAGAGGCUGCUGCUGUCCAUGCUGCAGUUGCUGUUCGUGGUGUUGCAUGAUUUGCUGAUCAUACUGCCACUCAGCUUGCUGAUGGGGCAGCUGCUGUUGAUGAGAAAAGGAGUCAGAAUCAUGGUGAGCAUACCCAACAGACGUUGGUGGUUGGAUGUAACCUGCAUCCGAUUGCUGGCACUGUGGAAACGACUGUGUUGUCAACGGGUGCUGCACCUCCGAUGGCACUUGCAAGGCAGGUUCCAGCCGGACAGGCACAGGCUGCAGCUGUGUCAUGGAAGGCAAUUGAUGAUCGGAUGUCCGCUGCUGGUGCUUCAGUUGCUUGAGAGGCGAUUGUUCUUGCAGCCCACCCAUCUGGUUUAGCAUUUGAGGUUGCGAUGUGCUGAACACCUGCUGAUGCUGAGGCAAUGACAGCUGAGCUGCCUGCUGCAUCUGUUGCUUUUCCAAUACCUCUUGUGGCCCAAAAUGUUGGACUGCCUGAGGGCCAAGAAGCUCUUUCUGCACUCCCUGCAAACCCUCUGACACCUGAUGCUUCAACUGCAAGGAAUGCUGCUGAGCUGCUGGCUGGGGCACCUGGUGCUGCUGCUGAGGCUGUAACGUGACAGUCUGCUGUGCUCUAACAUGCUGUGAUGGCUGCAAUUGCUGUGGCGCUAGCUGUUGCUGAGGUUGUAACGGUUGAGCCAGUUGCUGAAGCUGCUGCAACGGCUGAGUUGCCGACUGCUGCUGAAAACCCUGCGAAUGCUGCUGCUCGAGUAACGAUGGACGGGGAGGGCUCACUUGGAGAGAUUGUGAAGGUGCCUGGUGAGGUGCUUCGACUGGCUGCGAUGGCUGCUGCUGUUGCUGUGCCUGUGAUGCACGUGGAAGGCCCUGCACAGGGAAUACAGCCUUCACUAUUUGCUCUUUAUUCUGCGGUGCCUGGUGCUGCUGAAGCUGGGGUACUUGUAUCGACCGCAGCUCCUGCAUCUGGACUGGGUCAUAUGACUGCUCCACCUGCUGCUGCCGCUGAGGUUGCUGCAGUGUUGUCUCAGGCAUUUGCUGGGAUAAUGUCACAGUUCGAAAAUUAUGGUCUUCAUGCAGCUGAUUGUGCUGCUGUGUAUGGAGCUGCUGCUGUUGCUGCUGCUGCUGCUGAGACUGGAACUGCUGAAUGGUUGGCACUGUUGGCUGUUGUUGUCCCUGAAACUGCUGUGUCUGGAAUGGUUGUGGCGCUGGCAUGUGUUGCUGUUGCUGAGAUGGCUGGAACUGUGCCUGCUGUGAAGAUAAACCUGAAGGUGGUUGGUGCUGUGCUGGAAACUGCAGUUGCUGCUGAUGCAGCUGUUGCUCCUGACAUGGCAAAUACUGAGGUGGUUGAUGCUGCAAGGUCGACACAUGCAACUGUUGAGACUGCUGCAGAAAAUGCAAUCGCUGGUGCUGCUGCUCCUCCAGCUGCUCCUGUAACUGCUCCUGCAGCUGCUCUUGCAGCUGCUCCUCCAGCUGCUCCUGCAGCUGCUCCUGCAGCUGCUCCUGGGCUACAUGAUCAUGCAGCUGUUGAUGCUGUUGAUGCUGCUGAUGAAGAAGCUGUUGUUGCGACGGCUGAAGCUGAAUCUUUUGCUGCUGCUGGUGGAGCUGCUGCGGCUGCUGCUGUUGUUGCUUCUGCUGUUGCUGAACCUGCUGCUGCUGCUGCUGAAUUUGUGAUUGCUGCUGAAAAUGCUGCUGUUGUUGCUUCUGCUGCUGCUGCUGAAGGUGAAGCUGCGGCUGGUGGUGACGCUGCUGCAGUUGGUGUUGCUGCUGAAUCUGCUGCUGAAGUUGUUGUGGCUGCUGCUGCUGAAACUGCUGCUGCUGCUGCUGCUGAAAAUGCUGCUGUUGCUGCUGCUGUUGCUGCUGCUGUUGCUGCUGCUGCUGAAGCUGCUGCUGUUGCUGAAGCUGUUGCUGUUGCUGUUGCUGCUGCUGCUGAAGCUGUUGCUGUUUCUGCUGAAGCUGUUGCUCGUGCUGAAUCUUUUGCUGGUGCUGCUUCUGCUGAAGCUGCUGCUGCCCCUGCUGCUGCUGCUGCUGCUCUUGCUGAAGUUGCUGAUGUUGAUAUUGUUGUGGCUGAAGCUGCUGAAGCUGGUGUUUCUUCUGCUGAUACUGGUGUGAUUGCUGCUGCUGCUGUUGAUACUGUUGCGGUUGCUGCUGCUGAAUUUGCUGAAUCUGCUGCUGUAGCUGCUGCACCUGCUGUGAAGGUUGCUGAAGUUGCUGUGACUGUUGCUGUGGAAGUGAUGACUGCUGGAGCGGUUGCUGCUGCUGUUGCUGCUGCUGUUGCUGCUGCUGUUGCUGUUGCUGCUGCUGUUGCUGCUGCUGUUGUUGUUGCUGCUGCUGACGCUGCUGCUGGUGAAGCAGCUGUUGUUGUUUACGCUGCAGCAGCUGCUGCGGACGGCUCUUCUGUUGGUCCUCCUGCUGCUGCUGACGCUGCUGCAAGAUCUGCUUGUGUUCGUCCUGUUGUCGUUGCUGCACAAGUUGCCUUUGUUGAUCUUCUUGCUGCUGCACCUGUGCCUGUUGAUGCAUCACCACCUGCUGCUGCUGCAUCUCUGACUGCUGUUGUUGCUGCUGCAUCUGGAUCUGUUGUUGCUGCUGCAUCUGUAGCUGCUGUAGCUGCUGCAUUUGCAGCUGCUGAUGCUGCUGUAUCUGCAGCUGAGGCUGCUGCUGCAAUUGUGAAGCUUGCGGCUGUAGUUGUGGAGUCUUUUCUAGUCGAUGGAGCUGCUCCCGCUUCAUCAGAAUCUCCUUCUGCUGCAUUGUAUUCCGUUUGAGGCUCUGCUGAAAACUUUCAAUUUCUUGAUGGUAUUUCUCUCCCUGAAUCUGAAUUUGCUGCUGCUGAUGAGGACUAAGAAGAUGCUGUUGCUGCUGUUGAAGAAACCUCCAUUCAUUCUUGCGGUUUGUGAUUUCCUUUUCCAAGUCUGCCUGCUGCUGCUGGAGAAAAUGGAGCGUCUUAUCAAUCU